AUGUCUUCCAGUACACUUUUUGUAGAGAAACUUGGCAAACAAGUGCAGAUCAUCUUUGAUUCAAAAAGCCUUCGUAUUCAGUCAGAUGCAACGGCGAUCGUCCCUCAACAAAAGAAGUCUAAAAAAUCCAGGUCUUGCGUUUGUUUACCCACUCUAGAAACAAACGACGAUCCCACUUCAUCACCAGCGUCAUCUUCACUACCGAUCCCGCAUAGAAAUAUCUUGCAUGCCAACUACAAUGCACGCACCAACAUGGUGCAAUUGAACGCAUUGGUCGCUGAUAAACCGUCUGAUCCAGAGUCUACGACCCAAUUGUUCAAGUUUAUGUACACGGUCAGAGAUAAUGAGCAAGAAAAAGCCACUGAAUUUUGUCAAAACAUCAUGACAAACGUCUAUCAGGAUCUGAUACCGGAAAAGCGUCUGUUGGUCCUGAUCAAUCCUUUCGGAGGUCAAGCGAAAGCCAAAUCCAUCUUUGGAGAGAAGGUCAAGCCCGUUUUAGAGGCAGCCAAGUGCAAAUUAGACAUUCAGUACACUGAGCAUCGUUACCACGCUUUGGAGAUUGCCAAGGGACUUGAUAUUGAAUCCUAUGACACCAUAGUCACUGUCAGCGGUGAUGGAUUGGUUCAUGAAGUGAUCAACGGUUUCUUGCAAAGACCUGAUGCUAGAGAAGCGCUUCAGAAAGUGUCACUGGGUCUCAUUCCUGCAGGCACGAGCAAUUCGCUUAGUAUCUCCAUGUCGGGUGAGAAAUUAGGUUUUGAUGCAACUCAUAAUGCGCUUCAAAUCAUCAAAGGCAGGCCGUUGGCUCUUGAUCUUUGCUCAAUUACAUACGAGGAUAACCGCUACUUUUCCUUUUUGUCACAGAGCUUUGGUAUUGCUGCUUAUGCGGAUCUAGGCACAGAGCACAUGAGAUGGAUGGGAGACAACCGAACAGUCGUUGGCCUUAUGCAAGAGAUCUUUUCAAAGAGCACGUACCAGAUGGAGGCAUCACUACUCAUUGCAGAAUCAGAUAAAGAGAAGAUCAAGCAAAACUACAAAAGUGGGUUAAAGUCGUCUGAAUGGAAGAGCCCUGCAGUGGGUGAUGGAGCUGUGUUAGAUACCAUACCACUCUUAUCCGACCCUGUGCCUGAAAAUUGGACCACAAUUAAUGGGGACAUUUCCAUGUUCCUUGCCAGUAAUGUGCCUCUCCUGAAUCGUGGUAUGCUUUCUCAUCCUUGCGUGUCUGCAAACGAUGGUUACAUUGAUUUGAUGCUUGUACGUGGUGGUAAGGGCAUCGGAAAGCAAUUAAGUAUGUUUACAAGUGUGGAUACUGGUAAACAUCUUGACAUGGAUAUAGUCGAAUACUACAAAGUGAAAGCAUUUAGACUGAAACCUAUCAUUAAGCCAGGCAAGAGUGCAUAUGUUGCAAUUGAUGGUGAGCAUGCUUCUUCAAAGCAAUUCCAAGUCGAGGUUCAUCAAGCUCUUGGGUCUGUUUUAAGUUUAAACCCUACCUUUAUCAAUACCAAUGUGCAGUAA